AUGGCGGAACUUUACAGCACCAACCCUGGCAUCUACGGAUCCUUCCCCGGCACCUACUACGGUUCUGAGCAGCGUGGUACCGAUGUCAUCGACAGAUACGUUGUCCCCGAGACCACCACUGUCCCCUACCAGCAGCUCGUCUACCAGACCCAGACUGUCCAGGAGCCCCGUACCUACAUGGAGUCUGUCCAGAAGACCGUCCAGGUCCCCAAGACUGUGAUGGAGGACCACGACGUUGUCUACAAGACCCCCAAGAUCGAGAUGGAGACCCGCACCAUCCAGGUCCCCAAGAGCGUCAUGGAGGACAAGGAGAUCCAGGUCCAGGUCCCCAAGCGCAUCCAGGUCCCCCAGACCAAGAUGGUUCCUCGCACCGUUUUGGUCCCCGUCACCGUCAUGGUCGACCAGAUCAUCCAGGAGACCGAAACCCGCACUAUCCAGGUCCCCAAGACCGUGAUGGAGGACCGUGAGAUCGAGGUCCCCCGCCAGGUCUACGAGACUGUCACCCGCACUGUCCAGCGCCCCAAGACCAUCAUGGAGGAGAAGGUGAUCACUGUGCAGGAGCCAAGAAUUGUCCAGGUUCCCAAGCAGAUCCCUGUCACCCAGACUGUCCUUUCUCAGCGCUACGUGACCGCUGGCGUCACCCAGACUGUCCCUUCUAUCACUUCUGCGCCUCUCAUGAGCACCGCAUACGCACCGGGCGGAUAUUAUGCUAGCAUGCCAUCCGGCAACGCUCCAUCUCAGAACGAGGGACAGGUUUGA